GCUCCUUCUGUUUCUUCCUUGAGUCCAUGGAAUGUUAGCAUAUAAGGGGGCUGGUUUUCAGCGGGAUGUUUUGCACCUUAACUUUGAGGCCAAUGUUCCUUGGUGCUGCUACUCAGCUUCUCAAAAGUCUGGUGAUAUAUGAGAAGACAACGAGGUAUAGAAGUGGCGAGAACAACCCCUAGAUUUCUCUGACAGGUGAAGUUACUUCGACCAAACUACUGCACUAGGAAAGUUGUGAUUAAAAAGAGAGUGCAAUUUCAAAGAUUUUCACUCCCAAGUUGGACUCUCUACAAUGUCUCACAAUCAAAGAAACUUUCAACCAACCUUUGAUGUUGAAUCUGGAAUAUCAGUUUCACAAUUCGUUCAAAAGGGUGUUUAAAUCACUAGCAGGUGUAAGAAACCAUGGUGGUUUGGUUUGGGUCAGGUGUGGACUGGCAACAAGAAAGAGAUGAUGGGUUUUAUAUGAGGGAGUCUGUGGAGCUUGCCAGAAAGGCUUUCAUGUCUGCUAGCCCCAAUCAAUGGUGGGUUUUGUUAUUGUCAAGGAUGGCAAGGUUAUUGGUCAAGGGUUUCACCCUAAAGAUGGCCAACCACAUAUUGAGAGUAAAAAGGUCUUGAUAGAAGUUAGAACUUGGGAGAACAAGAAGGGAAAUGGCUAAACUAUCUUGUGUUAGACUAAUAUCAUUUGAAUUUGUAGUUCUCAAGUAUGCAAAAGAAAUUUGAAUGGUACAGGUUCUUGAUCUGAGAUAUGCUGGCGAUGUGGCUGAGAAUGCAACAGCAUAUGUGAGCUUGGAACCAUGUAAUCACUGUUGGAGAAGUUAUGGAAAUGUCGGAGGAGGAGAGUCUGUUUUGGUUGUACAUUGUUAAUGUAAGCAUUAUUACAUAUAUUUUUUUUUUUGUUUGAAAAGAUUACAUAUAUUUUUAUUAUUUGACUAAUUUUAGGCAGAUCUAUUAUCUGCGUUGUAUAUUUUCUCUUUUUUUCUUUAGCUCUGUCUUUCUGAAUCUUAUCUUGUUUAAAAGUUUCAUCUUUGAUUUCAUCGGGUGUCUCUUAGUAUGCAGAGACUGAUUGUACCCCAUCUCUAGUUUCUUGUUCUCGCUUGUCAUUUUCUUUGUUAUUCUUCUGAUCAUGUAGAUGCCAUGCGAUUUGUGAAAUGAAUUAUAGAAUCCCAGUCCCAUACUCCAAAUCCAUUCAUUAAUUACGUCUUGGGGUUGCACCAUUGCAACUUUUGCAUGAAUAUUGGAUUGACUCAGGUGUGGAUAGCUUGGGGCUACUCAACUCUAUUCUGCCACUGGUUAGAGAAGCUGAGUUAAUUGGCUAUCCUUGAGCCUCAUACGAAACUCAUUCAGAAGUGAAGUUGAGUGAUCAUUGUAAAGACAAUCUGAAAAGCUUGCCUUAACAAAUCCAAAAGCACCAAAGGCAUGAACAAAGAAAUGUUACCUAGAAAAUACGAACUCGAAAUCUAUAUUAGACUUGCAAAGCCAACAUAUUAGGCAUAAGAUCCACCUACAUUCCAAAGGGAACCAUGGAGACAUCUAUAAUGCUAAGGUGUGCCAGUUUUAUGUUGUUUAUGGUCUGGACGCUGUGUAUAUCAUCGUCUCUGGCAUGUACUGAAAAGCAGAAGCCGAUAGGGUAUGAGCAAAAAUCCAUGAAGGAGAGGUACGAAAGGUGGCUGACAAAAUACGACCGAAGAUACAAGAAUAGAGAGGAGUGGGAAUAUCGUUUUGGAAUUUACCAGUCCAACGUUGAGCUUGUCGAUUUCAUAAACUCUCAAAACCUGUCAUACAAACUCACUGACAACAAAUUUGCAGACAUGACAAACUUAGAGUUUACAAAAACCCACUUGGGUUUCCAAGCUGGUAGAAAUCCAAAGACAAAGUUCAGGUAUGAGUGGAAGAAGGACUUGCCAACUACAGUGGAUUGGAGAAAGAAUGGGAGCGUAACUCCGGUCAGGGACCAAGGCAGAUGUGGUAGCUGUUGGGCAUUCUCUGCAGUUGCCGCUGUGGAAGGCCUUCACGAAAUCAAAACUGGAAAACUGGUGUCACUCUCGGAACAAGAGCUAGUGGACUGUGACGUAAAUACUGGGAACCAAGGUUGCAGUGGUGGAUACAUGGAAAAUGCAUUUGAUUACAUAAAAAAGCAUGGACUCACCACUCAAGAAGAUUAUCCCUACACAGGAUCAGAUGGCACCUGCGAUAAAGCUAAACAGAAAAAAUAUGCUGUGAAAAUAGGCAGCUAUGAAACAGUACCUGAUAAUGAUGAAAAAAGCUUACAAGCUGCAGUUGCUCAUCAACCUGUCUCGGUUGCAAUUGACGCCGGUGGUUUUGCUAUGCAACUCUACUCUUCCGGUAUCUUCACUGGCCUGCUAUGUGGUAAGAGUCUCAACCAUGGAGUGACAGCAGUCGGAUAUGGAGAAGAAAAUGGUAACAAGUACUGGAUUGUGAAAAACUCAUGGGGUCCUAACUGGGGUGAAUCUGGUUAUAUCAGAAUGACACGUGAUUCUAUUGAUAAGGAAGGUGCUUGCGGCAUUGCUAUGAUGUCAAGCUACCCUGUUAAGUCUCGAAAAAUGUAGUAAUGGUUUAUGUACGAUCAAGGUUAAGUAUGCAAGUAUUGGAUUAAUAACAUCAAUAAUACGUAUGAUCCAGUUAUACAAAGCAAACAAGAGAGACGACAAGAAUCUAAUGAAACUAUGGGUAUUAAAUUGGAAUAUGCACAGUACAUUUCUUUAUAUUUCGGUCUGAAUUUUGGGUUAUUACAUCGUACGUUGAUUCAUGCAUGCUCUAUAGUAGUCAAAUUUCGUAUACACAUGAUGAGUUUCUAUAGGUAUUAAGAAUCGUCCACUCGAAUCACAACGAUCAAUUUGGCAAACCAAACUUGUGUCAUUAUGUAAUCAAAUUUCAAAAGGAGAAAAAGACUACUGUUGGGAACAUCUCAGUAAACUCCUUGCACAACAAAACAUCACUUGGUUCUUAAACAUUGAUCCAAACAAACAAUAAAACAAGCAUUGAUAAGGUACAACAUAGCUCAGUAAAGUUGAGUUGUUUUAUUUUCACACAUUCAAUAGUUUGAAGUUUAUAACAAUAAAGAUGCUAUU